AAUGGAGGGGAAGGGUAGGAAGAAGAAGCAGAAGGGAAAAAGGUCUAAAUGUCAAAUUGCUGUUUGUCAUAAGAGAAUUCGGCGGCAGAAAAAUACCCAUCCUUCCAACGCAGAUAGAAUACUAAAUUUAUGUGCCGAUCUGCAUGAUCAAGACGCUUCCACGCUGCAAAUUAAAGUAAUCAGAUACCUAUCUCGUGAGACUUUCUCCGAAAGUGGAUUUCUACUACUACUCUCCUCUGAUGAUAGGGAAUGGUUCUGCGAAGUUGUCGGAGAAAGGAUCCUUAAGCCGGAAGUCCGCUACGCCGUAGAUAGUUCGCCGUUCUAUUCAAUGAUUUCUAAAAAACGUCCUAUGUACACGAUGGACGUUCCUGUAGAGUUUAGAGAGCAGAUGGAGGUGAUUUGUAAUAGGAAAAUACAAUCAAUGCUAUGCGCUCCCGUCCUUACUCUUGAUACAAGCGAAGUGGUUGCUAUUGCUUGUCUAAUAAAUAAAAGAAGUGGAGAGUUCAACGAAAAAGACGUUGAACAAAUUGAUGACCUAACGAUUUUGUUGAGAAGAAUUAUGCAAGAGGCAAAGAAUCUUACCAAAGCUGAAAGAUGUUCGGUCUUUCUUUUGGAGAAGGAAACCGAUGAACUCGUCGCCAAAGUAUUCGACAGCGGAGAGAACGACCGACAGGAGAGCCGCAAUGAAAUUCGUAUACCUGCAUCUCAAGGAAUAGCUGGCCACGUGGCAACGACUGGUAGAGAAAUACUCAACAUAGACGAUGCCUAUUCACACGACCUUUUCUAUAGAGGCGUUGAUGAGAGUACGGGUUUCCGAACGAGAAAUAUACUCUGCUUUCCCAUUAAGGAUGAAAAUAGUAUGAUAGAAAUUACCAUAUUGAAUAACGGUGAAUUGUAUAUAAUAAACAAGACUGAUAUUUCAGACGUUGUCGUUGGAGUAGCUCAAUUAUGUAAUAAAAUCAACGCCGCCGGUUUCACUGCUAACGACAUUGAAAUUGCCCAGGCUUUCUCCGUUUAUUGCUGCAUAAGCAUAAUGCACGUAUGUACGGAAGAUUAUCAACAACUCACCAGAAAUCAGAAUCCUUCAGUGAAAGAAAUUCAUCCGGAACUUGAUUCGUUGUCGUUUCUACCGAGAAUUCUUUCCGAAAAUGAAAUGGCCAUGGCUUUUAUCGCCAUGCUAGAAGAUAUGAAUUUUAUAAGCAAAUUUCGUAUUUCUAAACCAAAAUUGGCUCGUUUUGUGUUAAUGGUAAGAAAAGGAUAUAGAGAUCCACCCUAUCACAAUUGGGUUCACGCCUUCUCCGUUGCGCAUUUCUGCUAUGUUAUGUAUAAAAAUUUUGGUUUGUCCAAUUACAUGGACGAUUUAGACUGCUUAGCUCUAACAGUUGCCGGAUUAUGCCACGAUAUCGACCAUCGAGGAACAACCAACGCUUAUCAAAAGCACUUUAAAACAGUUUUAGCCACACUCUACAGUUCCGAGGGAUCUGUUAUGGAAAGACAUCAUUUUAAUCAAACUCUCUGCAUAUUGAACAGUGCCGAUUGUAACAUUUUUGAAAAUUUGAGCUCGGAGAACUACGAGAGAAUUGUAGAGUUGAUGAGAGAUAUCAUUUUAGCGACAGAUUUAGGUCUACACUUAAAUUUAGUUAAGGAUCAGGAAAAAAUGGCCGACAGCGGAUUUGUUAAGACUAACAAAAAACACCAGUACCUCCUAAGAUCUUUACUGAUAACUUGUUCCGAUCUAUCCGAUCAAGCAAAGUGCUUUAGUAAUUCUAAAACUGUUGCAAAUUUGAUCUAUAAUGAAUUCUUCUCUCAAGGAGAUAUGGAGAAAGCUCAAGGUAUAACACCAAGCGUUCAAAUGGACAGGCAAAGAGCAAACAUAAGUGAAGACCAAGUGAAUUUCUUGGAUAGAAUCGCCUUACCAGUUUUCAGAAUAUUGGGAAAAUUGUUUCCGGCAGCAAAGCCUCUCGAAGAAACUGUUGAAAGGAAUCGAAAAAUAUGGAGUAUUGUCGACGAAGGCUGGCGUGAGAUGAAAGCAACAGCAAAUUCUUCAAUUGAUAUGUUCAAUAUGGACUUUGAAAGAGUCGAAAAGCAGAUAUGUUCUUGA